AACAUAUUUUCGACCAACUCAUUUUUUUCUCAUUAUUGUUUAACCAACCCAAUCAUUAAAGGCUUAAGCUCACCACUAACCAAUACAAAACUCAAUAACAUGAAAGGAAAAGCUUGCCACAAAUCCCACAAUAUAACAUAACAACAAACCCAGAAGAAUCUCCCCAAAAGUAGGGCGUGGGGUACUCAAAAGUAGAGAGACUUAUUAGAAGAGACCUCCCGCUCAAGCACCACAAUACAACAUAAAACUCACAAUUUUUUUAAAAACUUUUUAAACCAAGCUCAUAUGAUAAAUAAGAGCGCAAAAAAUAAACAAUAAAGCUCAACUAAAAGUUUAAAAAUCAAGAGAUGUCAUAUUCACAUAAUGUAAAGUGCAUUACCCUCUACUUUGAGGAGUAUGAGCUGUUUAUUAAGAGAAAGAUACGACUAGUCUUCCAAAUUAUUUGUACGAUAUAUCAAUCUCACCAUCAUAUAUUUCGUGUUGAGAAAGAUACGACUAGUUUCCCAUUUGCACACUUCUGUUUGUGCAAGAACAAAUUGAAGCUUCAGUUUCACUUUUAUAAAAUUUCAUUACCUAUAACAUUAAUACAAUCAUAACAUGAAGUGCAUUAUAGAAUAGCAUUCAGGGCGUGAAGAUUUUCGACUUCUAACCGCUUGAUAAAGUUAAACUAUACACGAACUUAUGCAUACAGUGCCAUUUAAUCUUUACUUUCACCCAAAGCUUGUAUCUCAGCUCUAAAUAAUACUGUCUCUUAUCAUCAUGAUGAUGAGAUUUGACUUUGUUUUUCUGCAGAAUUUAAUAUUUAAAAAUGUGUGUAUUUACUAAUACUACUCAGGCAUUUAUUAAGCGAAAUAUAUCCAGCUCUCUUCAAUUAUAUAGAAGGGUUAAAGCUACAACAUUUUUUAUAGAUGCAUUUUUACAACUAAUGCAACCCUGGAUUAUAUGUGGCUUCAUGCCCCCAUGUGAUUUUGAAAGCCCAUUAAAGUGUUUCCAACAUCCACAAUCAUCCCAAUCAUUACAAAUAAUAAUUUCAACUGGACGUCUCUUAAUCGUGAUAGUAAAAGUAUUGCUCUUUUCCGGUUCGCAUCAACAAUGCUUACUUGGAUUAUUUUCAAGCAAAACCUACAGUCGGGUUGAAAGCUACCAACACGCAGAUCAUCAUCCUAAAAUUUCAUAACCCAAAACUGUUUCAUACUUCAUUUAACUAGAUAAUGUUAGAUUAAUAUCUAGUCAUAAAACAUGUUAAAAAAUGUGUGAUAUGAUUUAGUACGAACUACAGAACAAUUUUUUAUAUUUGUGAAAUUUUAGUACGGUGAUCUGUGUUAUUAGUUUUCAAUCCCGAAAUAGACUUUGUAUGAAAAUAAUGCAAGUGAAAGAUAUAAACGUUGUAAGAAUUGAUGUAUAGAAAAGUUUUGUAACUCUAAUCCUCCUCACUCAUCAUGCUUAGGUUUUGCAUGAAAAUAAUACAAGUGAAAGAUAGACUAUGGUUCCAUAAUCCACCCAUCAGUGUGGGAUAGUUAAAAAUAUCUGUGUGUGUUUGCAAACACACACAUAAUGCAUGCAUACAUAUGUUUAUCUAUGCAUGCAUAUAUAAAAUUUAAAACAAGUCAAGCGAAUCUUUUUUGUUUGUUUAAGAGUAACUUGCUUAAUUGCAGGAGUGUGAAAGAGGCCAAAAAUCAUGCCAUCUUACACCCAUGGGAGGAGUUAGAUGUGAUGGCAUUAAGAAGAACAAGACACCUAAUGAUAUAGUAAACUCGUACACUCCUGGCAUACCAGCUGAAGCAUCUUCAUCAGACAAUUUGGAACUAAGUUCAAACACGCACAGUUUGGACAUGGAAUCAUUCAUCAUUGCUCACAAUGACCAGAACAACAAUUCAAAACCCGUCCUGUUUCAGUCCGAUCUUCCAGGAUCUGACCCAAGCAGCAGAUUCGUGAAGCGUUUGAAAUUGAGUAAUCUCUACAAUAUGGCCCUUGGCACAAGGAGCUUAAACAUAAAAGAGGAUUCAUCUCAUGAGUAUAAGCAGCAGCAGCACACCGGGUUUCAUGGUAAAGCAUGCUCUGAACCGACGUCUAAUAAAAAUAAAGGCAAAGAAUGGAUGGUUCAAGAUAAAUGUACUACUAGGAACAAUGUCGGCGAGUCCUCUUCUGCUGCUGAGAACUUGAAGUCGUGUAGAGAUAAACUGACUUCAUACCCUUGGAUUCAGAGGUUGCUUCGUGAUAGAGCUACUAAAUCUCUGCAGGUUCCUGAAGUGGAGGGGGGUUAUGAGCCCGAGAGUGCAUGUUUGGAAGCAGAGCAAAUUCAAAAGCGACACUUUCCCAGCAUAGCUGCCAUGGCAUUGAUGGGAAAAGGCAUGAAGGGCUUUCAACCCUGCAAGUUUCAGAAUAAGGGGUCUUUCGUAGUUUGGAACUAGUGGCUUCUGAAACAAACAACCAAGAGGGAAUUCCUGUUAUGGCGUGAUUUCGUGAUGGUAGCUUGGCGGGGCCCCCCAUUUGAUUUCACAAUGUGACUGAAACAGACCAAAGUGACAAGAAAUUCAUAGUCGUGCAUAAAAUCAGAAACCACCGAAAGUCGGGACCAACGGUGGAAUGAGGUAGUAGUUUGCGGAUUGGUGUUUGGAUGACCUAAUAACAUCUGGUCUUAGAAAGUAACUUUUUUUUGUUUUUGUUUUUUUGCCUCUUUGGCUUAAUGUUAAAACUCUCCUUAUUUUGGUUUAUAUGCAUUUGAGCAGCAAGUGGGUGAUUGCUCAUUCAUUGUACAAUGGAAAUGAAUUGUAACUGUGGAUGAUCAAAUGUCAGGUUGUACUGUAUUUGGCAACACUGUAAAACGUAUGUAUUGUGAUCAAAUGCAUGUAUAAAUGUACAUUAAAAUAUAUACUUUUGUUCAAGUGUAUUCAUGCAAUUUGAUUUUGUUCUGUCAAACUCAACAAACUUUGAUUAAACAAUAAAUAUAAAUUAACCUU